AUGAUCCUCCACUCGGUGCCGACCGAAGAUUACGAUGAGGAAAAUAGCUUGGUGACGGAGCAGCCGAAGCCCAGGCAGACGAAAAAGUUGAGCAAAAAGCAGCGCCGGAUCUCCGCCUCGGACCAUCGGACAGCGGCGAACGAGGAGGACGAGGUCAGUUGGAAGCUCGUGGCGUUGGGCAUUUGUUGUUGCUUGGGCGUGGUGGCCACUGGAGCAUCCCUGGCGGUGCUGUCACGCCUCGGCGAUGAUCAGGGCUCCCAUGGCACCUUAGGGGACGGCAGUGUGCCCUCGGUGCGGCCGUUGCUGGCGAUCUUCGGGCUGCGGCUGGUGGAGGCUUCAGAGGCCCUGCCCAGCGACAAUGCCGUCGCCUGGCUCGCCUCGCGGCUGCUGUCCUCGCAGGCCGUGGACGACGCCGUGAACGGCGGCGCGUUUCGGGUGCCGGAGGGUCGCCCGCAGCUGCUUCCAGAUGGCCAGCUAGUCCAAUCUUGGCGGCCCAAGGCCAAUGCCAAGGCAGGUCGGCAGCUGGCUGAAAAGGCCAAGCGACUCAGAGCUGUCGUUGUGGGGCCCAUUGCAGAGAUCCUACAGGCACAGCAUGGCCUGGGACCUCCUUUGCUCCGCUCCCCCGGCGGCGGUGUCUCGCAGACUGCCGCGGAUGCCUUCCUGCACAUCAGAGAGCUGAUUCGCGAGUCCUCGGGCAAAGCUUCGGAGGAUGGAGCGACCGAGGCGCAGUUGGUGUUGGUGUCACAUCCGCAUCAGCUACCGUAUUUAUCCCUGAUGGCGGCUGCCGCCGGUUUUCGCCGCGUCGCUGUGUUGGAUCCCAGGCUCUUCGGGGGCAUUCCUUGGAACACGUUCGGCUGCAGCGACCUGGGUUACAGCCUCACUACGGAUGCGGGGAAAGCUUUGGCGCAGGAGGCUACGCGGCUGGAGUCCUACGUCACCCAGUUGAGAGAAACCGAACCAGACAGGUUGCAGCGCUUGCAACCGCUCUUGGAGAAAGUCAAUGCGACCUUGGCCUUCCACCGUUGUGUGGUGCAGGCAGACGGCAGUGCCACGCGCUGCGCGGGGCGCUAG